CUAAACAAAAACAAAAUAAAAAAGAGGUUAGAGUAUAUCAGGCAUUUACGAUCCAAAGCUAAUUCCCAAAUAACAACAGUGGGUGUGAGAAAUACGGAACAAAAAUGGCUAAUCAGUCGUCACCGUCACCGUCGCCGUCGCCGUCGCCGUCGCCGUCGCCGUCGCCGUCGCCAUCACCCCCACGGCGGAAAACUCUUCCUCCAACUCCUCAGUACGUGGAGGUUAGUUGCGCAAGUUCUGGGAUGAAACGGCGGUUCGCGCUGGGGACCGACGCGGGGUUUGCGGUGGCACUGAUCAAUCGGAAGUUGAAGGGAAAGGUGGUGCCUGCGUCGCACAUAGAAGCAGUGAAGGACGGAGAAGAACCCAUUGCAUUUGGUCCCACAUCGUUUCUUUCUGACUUUGGUGAUGGUUGGAAACUCCAAACUGUAACCCUCACCGAUCUUUCUUCAGAAGUGAGGAAUGGACAAUUUCAACAGAUGCGAAUGCAGGCACCGGGGCUGGUUGCAGGCGUCCCGGGUACUGCAAGGAGCGUAUCCAACCCAAUCACCUUUGUAUAUAUUGUUAAAAUCAUGUUUGCUUUUAUUUUGAUAUUUGUUCUUGGUGCAAUUUUUACUUUGUUUCUCGAUAACCUUCCUGCAUUCAUACUGUUUCUCAAGUCAAUCUAGUGCACUUUUAUGCUUAUGUAUGUAUGCAUUAAAUAAAGGGCUCAAUCAACCAGCCUUUUUGUUAAGUACUUGAAUUCAAACUAUUUAAUAUUUCAUAUUAGCUGAGCUAAUAAUUUUUAAAUGCUGAGUUCUUAGAUAUUAAUCUUCUAGGGGGACUUGUUUUAGUGUUGCUUAUAGCAAAUAUGUCAAUCUGUGGGAAGAUUCAUUCAUGGAUUCCAGAACUUGACGCUUUUCCAUCAUCGUGCAAUCUUGGCAUCAUCAUACCAAAGGUAGAAGUGGAACUACUUCCUGAUGAGCUCUUGUAAACCGGGUAGCUUAAAUCUAAAAAACAUAUUUGAAUAAACUUGUAUUUGAAGGUAGGAAACAUAAUGUGCAAAAACUAUAGUGUGCAGGAACCGUAGUGUUGCAUUGUCCUCUAACUUUAAUUCUUCUUGCACACUGUGUUUCCUACCUCUCACAUCAUGGUACCAUACAUAAUGUGCAGGAAGAAUUUGCCCAAUGGAUGUUAGAAGGAGGCACUUCCAUGAUGUGAGAGGUGUCCAUUAAGCUCUUUUGGUGCGUUCUUUUCUGUUUUGCUUCAAUAUUUAAAUUUAAAUUAUGCUGAGAAAAGAUGGCAACGACCAACCUCCAAGUUUACUUUUACACAUAUUCAGUUGCUGGCCUAUCUUCCUCAAACCAAAUUGAGCACCGCUGCUCCACAAUGAAUACAUUUUUUUUCCUAA